AUGAGACGAAGCACGCCUCGCCGUCUUGGAUUGACCCUUCUGGUCUUCAAAUUUCUGUCGCCGACCUUGCCCUUUACCGAAGAGAGGUUCGCAAAGACUUUGGGCAGCCGAGCAGAUGCAGGAGGGACAGUGGGCAAGCGAGUCGAGGCACUUUGGGAAGACGAUUUGAACUUCUAUCCCGCAACCGUGGUGAAGGACUUCGAGAACGGCACGGUCCAAAUUCGUUGGGAUGAUCCCGAUGGACACCCGGACAUCUCGAAUUCUGACCUUGAAGAUGUGAGACCACUGCGCCUAUCAUACUCUCCAGGAGACUUGGUGGUUGCACUUUACGAAGAAGACUAUGAGUGGUACAACGCCACCGUCGUGCAGGAUCGAGGUGAUGGCAAAUUUGUUGUUUUAUGGGAUGAUCCAGAUGGAGGGCCAGAACUCUCCAUUUGCCCUCCUGAAAAUAUUCGGAUGGUGGAGGUCGUGGAUGACUACAAGCCUGGUGAUCCAGUAGAAGCACUGUAUGACGAAGACCAGACUUGGUACACUGGAGUGGUGCAGGAUAGUUGUGGAGAGGGAUUCUAUGUCGUUCUGUGGGAUGAUCCUGGUGAUGCACCUGAAACGACCGUGUGCAGGUCAAGGUACAUGAAGCAUUUGAGCACCUUCAGCGACUACCAGGUUGGUGACCAUGUACAUGCAAGGAUUGAAACUGGAGAGUUUCUCCCAGCCGUUGUUGGGGAUGUCCAUCCUGAUGGCACUUUCGAAGUGCAAUGGGAGGGAGAAAAGACGCACACAAGCAGAUGCAACUGCGAGGACAUGAAGGGAGUCUUCAGAGACUACACGCUUGGAGACAGGGUGGAAGCGCUCUAUCCUGACAGUCUCGAUUGGCAAGUUGGGGUGGUCAGGCGUCAGUUGGACUAUGGAGCAUUUCUUGUGCGAUGGGACUACCCAACAAAUGGACAUUUGAUGUCAAUGUGCACACCAGAGGAGAUGUCGCUCCUUGAAGAGGAAGAUGAUAUCGAAUGGCUGGAAGAUAGCGACGCCUUCCCUUGUCCUGAAUUGCCCUCCAUUACAGGAGCUGAGGAUUUGUUUCCAGCUUCCAACCCAAUGGAAGUCCACUGUCCAGAGCCUCCUGAAGCUCAGAGCACUCAAAUCCAUUUGUCAAAGGUUGUUGCUUACACAAAGGCUGAGGUGUCUGCCAGGCCAUGCCUGACACUGAGCCCCCGACAAAGAGGACACAGAUGGAACUGGCGGCAACAUCGUGUGUCGAGACUGCUGGGCUCCACUGUGAAGCGUUCAUGGGGACCUGGUGGACGAGAAAAGAGAGUCAGUUGGGCGCAUCCGCCUGCGUCGUACCAAUGGCAACAGUGUGCUCUCCAAUGUGAAGCUCACAGGCGCUCAGAAGGGACACAUCUUUGUCGCUGGACCCUGCCAAGACGACCCAUUUCCGCCGAGGAUCAUCUUGGAACCAAGCCGUGA